CCCUCCGCUCGGCCGGGCCGGGAGGGUCCCGGGGUUCCGUGCGCGCCGGGGCCGUCGGGCUGAGGCACACAGCUCGGACGCGGCGCCAUGCGCGGCCCCGCUGCCCGUCCGCUGCGGCUCCUCGUGAGGCGGGGCCCGGUCGCCUUCACGUGGACCCCGGCCGCCCGCGCCUCCUGGGCCCGGCUGCAGUCGACCGGCCUGUUGCCGCCGCGGCCUUGGUCAAGCGCGGGGCUGGGGCUCCUCGGGAGUGCAGGAGCCGCGCGAAGCCCGCGCUGCUGGACGAGCGGCUGCCUGGGCGGGGGUCCCGGCGGCCUCGGCGGCGGAGCGGGCCUCGCGCGGCUCCUGGGGCUGUGGACGCGGCGCCCCGGCGCCUGCAGCAGCGAAGUCCUCCGGCCCGGCGCGGCCCGGCUCCCACGCGCUGGACUCCCCGGGGGGGGCGAGGCCUCGCGGCGCGGACCGGCGUGGCCUGCGGCCGCUGCGGCCGCUGCGGCUCCGAAAAAGGACUCAAGGCUGCGCCCCGCGGCGGCCGGGCGCUCGGAGGCCCGGAAGCUCCUGGAGCUGGCGUACCCCGAGCGCCGGAGGCUGGCAGCUGCAGUUGGCUUCCUGGCCAUGUCUAGUGUCAUCACCAUGUCUGCUCCCUUCUUCCUGGGGAGGAUAAUAGACGUCAUUUACACAGACCCCACCGUGGACUACAGCAGCAACCUGACCCGCCUCUGCCUGGCACUCAGCGGCGUGUUCCUGUGUGGUGCAGCUGCUAAUGCCGUUCGUGUCUACCUCAUGCAAACUUCAGGUCAGCGCAUUGUGAACGGGCUGAGAGCUUCGUUGUUCUCCUCCAUCCUGAGGCAGGAGGUCGCUUUCUUUGACAAGACCCGCACAGGGGAAUUGAUUAACCGCCUCUCCUCAGACACGGCGCUCCUGGGGCGCUCAGUGACUGAAAACCUCUCGGACGGGCUCAGGGCUGGGGCCCAGGCUUUUGUCGGUAUUGGCAUGAUGUUUUUUGUCUCACCUCAUCUGGCCACUUUUGUUUUGAGUGUGGUGCCUCCAAUAUCCAUCCUUGCUGUGAUUUACGGACGAUAUCUCCGGAAACUGACCAAAAUCACCCAGGACUCGCUGGCACAAGCCACUCAGCUAGCUGAGGAACGUUUUGGAAACAUAAGAACUGUUCGAGCUUUUGGGAAAGAAAUGACUGAAAUAGAGAAAUACACCAGCAAAAUGGACUGUGUGAUGCAGUUAGCAAGGAAGGAGGCGUUCGCUCGGGCCGGCUUCUUCGGAGCAUUAAAGACAGUCCGCUGUAGGUCGGGGGCCAGUCAGGGCGUGUCUCAGUCAGCUCAGGCUGCCGUGACCAAGGAUUCUGAACAUGGGUUCCCAGGCAGCUGCCUCAAAUCCUUUUUUGCAAAUAACAGGUUUUCUAUCAAUAUUAAAGCCAGUUGUUGCUGUUCCCAGAUGGAUGGCAGUAGCAGAGGGGCGUUGCCUGGUUCUGGUGACGGAUGUUCCUUCUCGCCCUCAGGUCUGAGCUCUUUCUACUCGGAGCUGAUGAAAGGCCUAGGUGCAGGAGGGCGCCUCUGGGAGCUCCUGGAGAGAAAGCCGCAGCUUCCUUUUAAUGAGGGGCUCAUCUUAAACGAGAAGCGCUUCCAGGGUGCUUUGCAGUUCAAGAAUGUGCAUUUCGCCUACCCAGCUCGCCCAGAGGUACCCAUAUUCCGGGACUUCAGCCUUUCCAUCCCAUCAGGCUCGGUCACAGCGCUGGUUGGCCCCAGUGGCUCUGGCAAGUCCACAGUGGUGUCCUUGCUGCUGAGGCUGUACGACCCCAUUUCUGGAUCUGUCCAUCUCGAUGGCCAGGAUAUCCGCCAGCUAAAUCCAGUCUGGCUGAGAUCCAAGAUUGGGACAGUGAGCCAGGAACCAGUUUUGUUUUCCUGCUCCAUCGCUGAGAACAUUGCUUAUGGCGCAGACAACCCUUCCUUGGUGACUGCCACACAGGUGGAGCAGGUAGCUGAUGUGGCCAACGCAGCCGCCUUCAUCCGCAGUUUCCCACAGGGGUUCAACACCGUGGUUGGAGAGAAGGGCGUUCUCCUCUCAGGUGGGCAGAAACAGCGGAUUGCAAUUGCCCGUGCUCUGCUUAAGAAUCCCAAAAUUCUUCUCCUAGAUGAAGCAACCAGUGCGCUGGAUGCUGAGAAUGAGCACCUCGUGCAGGAAGCGCUAGACCGGCUUGCCGAAGGAAGGACAGUGCUGGUCAUCGCCCAUCGCCUGUCCACCGUGAAGAAUGCCAACCUGGUGGCUGUUCUCGACCAGGGCAGAAUUAUCGAAUGUGGGGAACACAAAGAACUGCUUUCAAAGCCGGAUGGGGUGUACAGAAAACUGAUGCGCAAGCAGUCUGUUUUCAGCGUGGAGGAACCCCUACCCGUAAGCCGGACAUGAGAGGCUCCAAAGCAAAACCGCACUGCAGGGGCAGAGAAACUUAAGAGAUGGUGUGGAAUCUGUGAGUCAUCCUUCAAGUUACUUGAAAUAUGCGUUUUCCCCAAAGUGUGUAAAAUAUUAUUUUGAGAUGUACCUGUUCACAAGACCUUUUUAUUCAGAGUUUUAAUAAUUGUAACUUUCUAAAUGUCUAUAGCACUGAAGUUAUUUUCAGGUUUGUACUUUUAUCUUGGAAUAUUUUAAUUAAUAUAGCAUGGCACCUCAUUUUUUUUUACCUACUGUUAUAGUUUGAAACUAUUGUCAAAUGACAACUUUUGAAAGGGAAUUAUAAAUAAAAAGCCUAAUUAUUUUAGGCCAGAUUCCAAUCAAUGUGUAAUUCUCUUGAUAGCCUGACAGA